AUGAUAAACAAGGAAAAGUUUCAAGAAGUUUCAAGGAAUUUUCUCUUCAAUUUCAUGAUGAGGGCCCAAGUAAAGAAUCAGAAUAAAGGGUGGUUUCCAAAUCAUGUUCAUAAGCAUUUCACAAGGCCUCAUACUUUGUUUCAAUAUAAUAAAAUUUCAAAAUUUAAUCAUGGGCCGGUUUUCCUAUUGCAAAUCUCAAAGCUAUCUUUGGUUCAUAAAAGGAAGUCCAAGAAGCGAGUUAUUGAAAGCUCAGUAUAUCAUCAUAGCAUCACGGUUCAGCAAGUAUGCAAAGAUCACGGUUCUGUCAAAACAGAAUGCAAACAGAAAUUUCAUGUCCAGCCUAACAAGCAUGUUUUCAUAUCAUAA